AUGUCUACAAUAUCAUCAUCUCCCUUAAACCGCACAACAAAUCAAUUAGGAGCUCUUCAAAGUAAUAGCUCUUUUCAGAAUAAUAAUUCUACAUACCAAAAACAACAAUAUAUAUGUUGUUGGGAAGGAUGUGAUCAGCGAUUUAAUAAUGCAAAAGAUCUUAUAAUACAUCUGAAGGAAAUACACAUAAAAAUUUUGAAUAUUGAAUCUCCAUUAUUUCAUUGCAAAUGGGGUGAUUGUAAGAGGGUAGCAGUACAGAAUAUUUCCGAGUCAGUUCAACAACAACCAGAUUCGCAAUUAGAAUUGCAAUUAAACCAACAGAAUCAACGAAUUGAGGAAAGCCAGAGAGUAGUUUGUGCACAAACCCAAAGACUUCAAUUACCACCUGACAGCUCACGGCAAAAAGAAAUAGUAAUUAUAGAUGACGACGAAACCACCGUUGAUAAGCCCAUUCAAGUGGCUAAUUCGGUAAUUUCCGAAUAUAGUACGAUGCCUGUAAUGCGAGAGUUUGACACAAGACCAAGUCAAAUGUCGCAGACACUACAUUAUUCACAUCUUCCUGAGACCCAAAGGCAUUCAGCUCCGUCUUUUAAUGUAUCCUCGAAUCAGGUUCAGCGACAAUUUCAGGUCCCGAGCCAGAUGGGCCAAGUCCCGAGUCAUACGGCACAUGUUCCUAGUCAAAUGACCCAAGUCUCGAGUCAAACUGCUCAAUUCCCGACAAAUGCUUCAUCACAUAACAACAAUCUUAGAUAUCACUCAGCACAACAGGGUAACAACAUAAUCCCACCUUCACAACAGAGUUACCGCGCAGCAGGUUUACCAUUGGUGCAGACAUAUCAAGAUGGUAAUGUUAUUAGGAUUAUACAAGAAAAUGAGAUAAUGCGACAAGAAAAUGAAAACCUAAAGUGUGAGUUGAGAAAUAUGAUGGCAACGGCAUUACAAGAACCUCAGUCAAAGCUUAAGAAAGAAAAUGAACAAUUAAUAAUAGAGUUACAAAAUCUGAAAGCGAAAAUUGCUGCACUGGAAGCACAGUCAAGACAGAGUGAUCGUGAAAAAUUUUUGAUGGUUGAAUUGCGAAAAUUGCAAACACAGCUUAUGCUUAAGGAUUCACAAUUAAAAAUGACAGAAGGGGAGCUUGUCUAUCAUAAAAGAGUUACGAGUCUUAUAACAGAGCAAAUUCGUCGGUCAGAUUCUAAAAUGAGAGAAUAUUGGGUGGAGAUGCUACGUGAAAAAGGUCGUACAAAACAUAAUAAGGAAAAAAUGACGGUCGAAAAAGCUUCCUUAAAAAGAACUAGAGAAGAAAAUGGGAUGCAAGAUUCGAUAACAGGUGCGGUUCAGAAAAGAAGCAAAGAAAAUGAAGAGAGCAGUGAAGAAGGAACUUCUGAAAAAUCAAAAGGUACCAAAGAAAUGGAUGAUGAUAAUACUAAUCAAGAAAAAAUGGAUGCAGAAAAUAUGAAUGUAGAACCGUUAGAGAAACCCGAUUCAGAAGAGUAUGAUAUAAAUAUUAUCACGGAAGCUUUCGUUUGUCAAUGGAAUGGGUGCAAAAAAGUAUUUAGAACAAAACUAGCACUCAAAGCACACAUUCCAUCUGAACAUAUAGCAGCCGAAUGUUUACGUGUUCAUGUGGACAAACCAGUUUUGUAA